AUGGUAGAUUACAUUGAACUCGACGACGAGCAAUACGAAAAUUUACAGCAAUUAUAUUAUCGAGCUUUCCAGAUUCACGCUGCACGACAGAGGGCGCAGCAGCAGCAGCAACAGCAGAAUCAACCGCAGUACCACGCUAGCCAGCCUAGGUCACACGCUUCCCCUGCCGCAGCGAGUACUAUAAGUACCCCAACAACCACCGUUUCUUCAAGCUCUUUGCAUUCUUCCUCCUCAGUAGCAACUACUGUCACCAUUGACGGUUCUAUUAUUGAAGUCGACGGAGAAACUGGCCAGGUUAGGGUUAGAAGCGCAAAUACAACUAGUUCAUCUAGACGGAGCUCUCAACAUCAUCGAAGGGCUUAA